GCUCGUCGUUAGUCGGUAUUGUUGUGAUGGUCUCCGAUCUCUCAUCUACUUCUAUCCACAACCUGUUACACAGGUUAAAUAAAACGCGUCAAUCUGAAAGAAGACUUAGAAAAAAAAUGUUCAACAAACGAAGCCCUGUCGCUGUGUGACCAAAAUGGAGAAAGUUGACAGAUAAUUCGACCUCUGUAAGUUUAACACGUUUCUUUCCGUUGAUCGAGAUUCCCGUUUGUAGAUCUACAACCAUGGGGAAGUUAGCACGCUGUCUCCUGCUGCUGUUGCUGCUGUCUUGGACCGACUUACAGGUGAUGUCAGUGAGUGUAACUCUACCAGAGUCUCUAUUGUUUGUGUCUACUCUGGAUGGGAGUCUACAUGCUGUCUCCAAGCAGUCUGGAGACAUCAAAUGGACCCUCAAAGAAGAUCCCAUCAUCCAGGUGCCUGUCUACCUUACUGAGCCAGGGUUUCUCCCUGACCCCAACGAUGGCAGUCUCUACGUCCUGGGAGGAAACACAAGGAAGGGUCUCCAGAAACUGCCCUUCACCAUCCCAGAGCUGGUCCAGUCUGCUCCCUGUAGGAGUUCUGAUGGAGUCCUUUACACUGGUAAGAAGCAGGAUGUAUGGUUCGUGGUGGACCCCCAGACAGGAGAGAAACAGACCAGCCUCUCCACAUCAUCAUCUGACUCCAUUUGCCCCAAUGCACCACUGCUAUACAUAGGACGAACAGAGUACAUGAUAACGAUGUAUGAUACGAAGACACAGGAGCUGAGGUGGAACGCAACAUACAACGACUACUCUGCCCCGCCGUACGAUGAGAAACACGACUACAAGAUGGCCCAUCUCGUCUCCAGUGGUGAUGGGUUGGUGGUGACCGUAGACAGAGAGUCAGGUACGUUUUACCGUCAGGUAAUUACUGUGUUCCCUAACCACUACCAGACAGGUAAUUGUUCCCCAAUAAACACCUGUUACAAUAAACACCUGACAGGCCUGUUACAAUAAACACCUGACAGGC